UCAGCAGAUACCCAGUAUGACAGCAGUUGCUGUGAUACGGGACUCCAGUCUCCUGCGUCACAAACUGUCCCAGUGAGCGAACGUGCUGUCCUCUUGAACGGAAGUCUUUGUGCAGGGAUGGAGAAAGACAUCGGCAACGGCGAACUGCAAGCACUAGAGGAGAGGACUGGAAUCCCAGAAUGCAAUACAAAAACAAAGGCUUCUCCAGCAUUCGAGGAGGUCCUGGACGCCAUUGGGUCCAGGGGGAAGUUUCAGAUGAGGCUGAACAUCGUUUUCGUUUGCAUUGCCUCGUGCUUCGACCUGAUGAGUGUCAACAUGUUCUACCUGGCUAUUCAGACUCCUGAUCACUGGUGCUACGUCCCUGGCAGGGAACUUUCCAACCUUUCAGUUGAGGAGUGGAAGAACCUCACCAUACCGAGGGAAGGAGCCUCGUUCAGCAAGUGCCUGAUGUACAACCAGAGCGAUGUGACGGACUUGGGCGGCAGCAGGGAACCUGUAAAGUGCCAGCACGGCUGGGAGUACGACGACACGUGGUUCUCCCUGACGGUGACGUCACAGAUGAACUGGGUCUGCGACAACCAGCAGGCCGUCAAUGACGUCUUGUUCUACUCACAGAUUAUUGGAGUGGCCCUGGGGUUACUGUUUGGCUACAUAGGCGACAUGUACGGCCGCCGCCCCCAGCAGCUGCUGUGCCUGUCAGCCCACGUGGUCAGCAGGCUGCUGGUCGUGCUCGCUCCACACGUGCUGCCGCUCUUCAUCCUGGCAGUAUCACUCGUGUCAGCUGCGGCUGGGCCUUUGGCAGAAUCUGUCUUGUCUGUUGGUUUGGAGCUAACUGAUAUCAAGCACCGCACUGCAGUCAACCGCUAUGCGUGCUGCAGCAUGGCCGUCGGAAUGAUGCUUGCUGGUCUGGUGUCUUGGGCGCUGCCCAAUUGGAACUAUUCCCUCUCGUUUGCUGCCCUCAGUUGUUUUAUACUAUUCUUCUUCUUCAGUUGGUUCCCCGAGUCUCCACGCUGGCUGGCGUGCAGGGGUCGCGAGCAGGAGGCGCUGGCUGUUCUGCGGCGCAUAGCAGCCACCAAUGGCUCCACAGUGCCUCCGUUCGCCUUGCAGGUGAUCCAGACCGUGGGCAAGAGCAAGACAGACAGGAGGGGCUUCCUUGGCAUAUUCUCCAGCUGGAACGUCUUCAGGAACACAGUAAUCCUCAUUGUUGCCAGCCCACAUCGCGGGUGCAGCCAUCGUGAUGGCGACCAUGCUGAUGCAGUUCAGCACCAUUGGCAACCUGGGCAUGGUGAACCUGCAGAGCAUCGAGGUGCACCCCACGUGUCUUCGCCAGAUCGCAACGAGUGUCGAGUGGGCCGUUGCCGGGAUUGUCAUGUCUUCCCUGCCCUACCUGGCUUUGAUGGACGACAAGCGACUUCCCUUCGCCAUCCUCGCAGGCCUGAACUUGGUGGUGGCGUUUUCCGUGUCGUUCCUGCCAGAAUCUGCGCUGCAGCGAUUGCCGGAGACGUUAAGGGACGGUGCCGUCUUUGGCAGAGGACAGCGCUACUGGAGCUGGAAACCCAAACCGACACCAGAGUACGCCAAGGGAUAAAGGAGUUCCAGAAGUUCCUUUUAGUUUAGAAGGAAUGAUGAUGCGAUGCUGGCAACCUUCGGCUUCAGUUUACUGACGGUGCACAUGACUUGCUCGGCCUGCUAUGAACGAAUAACAGUGCACAUCGAGCCCUAUUUCUAAUCUGUAAACAGUUACACGAAAAUUAAGCCUGACCUGGAUUAGAUUAUAAUUUAUGGCCGUUAUAUUCAGUAAAUGCUACAUGCCAAAAUAAACUGACAUGGAAACCGCACCUACUGCGCUAUCCAAAAAAGAAAAAAAACCUCAUAAUAGACUAAAACUACAUACUGCACUCCUAACAAAGCCUUAGUCUGACGAGUAAUCCUCUUACGCUAACGUCGUCUGCAUUCAUACCAGUUUCCCCUCGCAUUUUUGAUUUUAACACUAACUCCAAAAAUACUCUAAUGCUAUGCAACCCGCC